AUGACACUCUUUCAUCGUGGUGAAAAGUUGAUUUCAUCACGUUAUUUAAAAAAAAACUUUCUUUCAUGUUUUCAUUUUUGCAGAUCGAGUUGGGAGAUUCCAGCACUCAAGAGCGGUCAGCAACGUUUUGUGAGCGACUCGGACGGGAAACAUUACCCUUGGUACGGCUGCACUACUGAAGUAGGGGUGAUCGUGGGACCUACGAACUGUUACACCGUGUGUCAUCUACGGAUGAACGAUAAUUUCCACCCCUCCAUCACAUGGGACAUUCCGGUGCGCAACAGCCACGAGGUCAAACUUACCAAGCUCGCGCGCGACCAGAGCUUUACGGUGUGGUUAAUCGCGAGCAACAAAACGACUGGUCAGAAGUUUGUGCUUCGUACGAUAAAAUGGCGAAUGCAAAUCAACAUCGCGGUGGAUGGUCGACAACCUUUGGGACGACGAGCACACCUUUUAGACCCCAUAAUUCAGGAACAACCGCAAAUACUAGAGCCAAAUCAGAACGAACUACCCCCUCCGGAAGCCCUACGCGCACCCAACGCCAACAACGCGCAAACUUUAAUAUGGCGACCCAUGACGGGGCGUGAAGUAGUUAUAGUACCUCCAGUAAGCCAGUAGCGAUUUUUACUUCACUGGUGGACUUCUAGAAACUUUCUGUAAUUGAGAAUCACAAUCAAAAUGAGCAAAUAUGACUGUUUAAACGAAGAGCAUAAAGUGAUUGUUUUUAUAUUUAAGAGACGAUGAGAAAGAGAGCAAUACGUUUAUAUCACUGUCAACUGCCGAAUUUUUGCUUCACAUGUCGAAAUGACCAUUAACAAAUGCCAGAUGAGUUUAAGGUAUUUCAAAAUGAAUGGAUGGCGUCAUUGUAUGACAAACUACGUAACAGACAGUACUUAAAGUGUGAUAUUGCUGACAAAGAAUGCUCGCAACUUUCCAGCGGUUAUGUGCAAUCUAGCUACCAAGACUUUCUUCUCAUUGUUUUCCUGAUUUGACAUUGACGUUGAUAAUCACCUCAAAGAAGUAUGAAAAUCGUGUAAUCUAUUGCGGAUGAUAGGCCUGUUAUAAAAUAUGACUGAACAAGAAAAUAAUUGUAUAAUUUCACCAUAUGAAUUGGACAAGGUGAAGCAUCAGUGCCUUAAUUGAAGAAUCAUUUAUUUUUAUCUUUAUAUUGGAUGAGUAAGUAGUUAUACAAAUAAACCCUGAUUAUAAAUAUUAGUUAGGCCGUUGUGCACCAAUAUCUUUUCUUGUCAGAGAUGCGCAUGUCUUCCAGCCACGAGUUCUUUUAUCUGUGCCUUGAAAUAUCUGAUGAUUCAGUGACUGUCUUUGUGAGAUGUUCAGAAGAACUGCUGCAAGGGAAAUAUAGUCUCAAUCUAUCCCAGUCACACUGUUCCUGAUCGACCCGUGACCGAUCAUUGAGAGCCGUAUAGGAAGUCAUCAGUAUUCUGUAUCGUUGGUUGUCGAUCUGUCCGGGGUCGGUCGUCAUAAUGGUUUGAUCAGUAAGGGUGUGUGUGACUGGAUCCCUAAGCGAGCUCUUCAUUGUACCAUUAAUGUUGGUAAAAUGGUAGAUAAUUAAAUAAUAAUAUAUUUUAAGUAAUAAAGUACACUGUAACAGAAAGGCUGGUUAAGGUUUUCACACCCGGUUUAUCGUACAAGUUCCUCCAUUGAUAUCCUCUGAAAAUAACAAGGAUUCUUACAAAAGGUAUACCCGCCAAUGAUUAGGCCUAUAAGCGUUGCAGCACCCCCAGUUUUAAAAGGUUAAUGUGAUUUGCAAGCCUUCUCUGAAUACUUACGGGAUACCAUAAUUAAAUAACAUUUAUUGGUAAAUGGAUGCUUGCUGAACCUUGGGGGCGGGCUGGAAUUCUUUAUGAGGGAAGGACAUGCUGAUGUUAACAGUAUUUCGAGCGUCUCUUCUUUGGCAAAAUUGAAAUACGGUCUGAAAUAUGAACACAAAGGGAACUUAGCUGUCCGCUAAGUUGGAAAGAUGGGAUAUCCACUUCAAAAAUAAUAAUUUUCACUAUCAAAGUUCAAUCCAGAUUUCCAGGAUUUAAAAAUAAAUCUCGAGCGGCUAUUAAAAAGACAAAUCGAACAUUGCAUUUAGAUUUUUUAGACAUUGUGGAUUUGAAUAUGGAAACUUUUGGAUUUAAAGACAAAUUCCUAGGAUCUAAAACUAAUCCAAGUUUGUCUGGUCACUACUCACAGUCGCUAUGGAUUUAUUUUAAAUCCUUGAAAGUUUAAAGUAAGUUCAAUAGUAAAUUAGACAUCUGAGUGAAUAGAAUGAAAAUGUUGGUCUUUUGGUGGGUAAAACACGAGUUCUAUUGUUCUAACCAAAGAACUCCAUAUUCGAUAUGUUACUAAGUAGAGUAUUCAUCGAGUAAUCCUAACUACAUUGACCAACAUGAUAUUUGAGUGUUACAGCAUAAUGCACCACAUGAUCAAUGAAUUCAGUAUCAAAAUCAGUUGAUGCUUAAGUUUUGCUCCAGACUCCAAAACUAUUGCAUUUUGUCAGGAGCAAGAAUAAUUGGACGAUGUUAAGAGGGUGUUCCACUUCCUGUGUACCUCAAGUGGUGAAUACUUGAGAAAAUGAUUUGCAUAUUCCUCAAAAUUUGUAACUUAUUUAUGACAGAAACUAUGCAAACGAUGUUGCUGAAUUUGAGAGGAUAUGCAAAAUGUAAAUAUACUUUCAUACUGAAGAACAAUGUCUUCCGUUAUUGGGGAAGGAGAAAAGGUUCAAUGGCCUUUCAUUCUUGCUUAAGAAAAGAAAAUAUAAAUAUUUUUAACUUUAAUUUCUAAAGAUUUUUUUUUUUUUUUUUUUUUUUUUUUUUUUUUUUUGGGGGGGGGGGGAUUGUAUGCAUAUGCUGAAAUGUUUAUUCCAUUGUCAGGGUUUAAUUUGCAUUUAGUUGGUCUAGUGCUACAGACUCAUCGAUAACACCAACUCCAGACCAAUCAAAGCUUCUAUACGCUACUACCCAUGACUUACAAUCGGUCGAUUCGGAGUCGGUAUCGUGUGACUGUAUUAUAAAUCAUAAAGGAAGUCGUAUUUAUUGGAUCAUACGACUCCGGUAACCUUUUUUUUCCUCAAACACAUCAUUAUGCAAUGAUAAUCAUUGUAUUUUAUUAAGGACCAUCAACAAUAACGUUACAUGACAAUGUCAUUGAUAUCGUUAUAGGUUUACUUUACGCGUUAAGUGGGACAUUUUUGCAAUUACUUCGCAGACGCUUUCUAUAACUCAGAGAAUCUAUUGUCAAAAGCCCUUCAUAACAAAAGAGCCUUCGUCGAAUAUCGGUGAAUCAAAACAGAAGUGUCGUCCUCGACUCUGGACAAAUAACAAAUUUGCAAUUUUAUGUCUGGUCCGAAUCUUAAGACGAUGUGCUGCCCUGGUCCACCAAAUUUUGACAAUGACCUCUAAUCUGUCUAUUGUGAUUGAUUUUGACGGGUAUUUUCAAUAGAUGUUGGACGUUGCAGAAAGCGUCUACGAAGUGGAUGCUAGAAUACGCUAAUAUUGCUUAAACAACUCGCACUGUUUUAUGUUUUAAAAAGUUGGUGGUCAGUUCUUGUGUGCCAAAUCUAUGAAAUAUCCGUUAUGUUUAACCAGCUGUCGAACGAAUUUACAGAGUUGCAGCACGUUUUGGGAAAAGAGUCAAAGUUCUGUUUUUAUCUGUCAAGGUUUUAUUUUUCAUGAUUUUGAGACUUCAGGUUUUGUUUUUAAUAAUUCCAAAUGUUCAUCUUUCACUUUGUUAUGUGUAUAAAACUAAUUAAAAUAUUUUCGUAACAAACUGAAAAUUUAGAUAAUGCUGAUGAAAAUAUCUUAUUUAUGAGCAUUUCAAUUCCAUGUCUUUGGAGGUGUUAUUAUUUUGUAAUAUCUGAUGUCGUUUGUUACAAAAGCAAGAAAUCUCGAUACAUAUUUUUGCGUGUACAAAAUUAAUGUACAUCAUCGAAGGUAAAGUGUGACUAUGUUGUGAAAAUCACCUCGAAUAAACCACAUUGUCAUGGUGACUGUGAAGAAAGAAGCAAUUUUUACACAGUGAAUGUAGAAACAAAGGCUCUUUACUAAUGAAAAGAAUCACGUGUGUAUUCACUUCUAUGUGAUAGUGUAAUCACUGUGAUAAAAAAGUUAAUCAUAUACCUUUUUUGGUAGGAUGAAAUUAUCACAGUUGUCACGCAGUGAAUAAAGGUGUUCAUAUACUGUAGUGACAAAAGCAGCAGAAUCUCAAACGCUUUAAUUAUGAAGUAAGCUUCACUUUUUGUGAUGAAGUGAAUCACAUUUUUUCCACUUUGGUGAGUUUGGUCAGACCACACCUAAGGGCUCCGUAACACAAAGAUUAGCGAUCGCCAAAUGAACUGACCAAUCAAUAUCAAUGUUACACGUGCAUUUGGUUUAAAAUACGGACCAGGGACCAAUCAGUGCGGUUCUUUCAUAAUUUGCAAUUCAUCGCAAACCUUUGUGUGACGGAGCCCUUGUGUUUUAGUGUAGAAAGAAACAACCGUGUGUUUUAGAGAGUCCGUUGUUUCAAAAAAUCAAACUGCCAUCACAUUAGUACUGAAAUCAUCAUGAAUUCGUUUAUCAACAAAAUGUAAUUCAUUAAAGUCUCGUAACUUUUACAUCGGAAUGCUGACGACUGUGAGGAAUGUUUUCAUGAAGUAUCUUGUCAGUGAUUUUCACUGACAAAUUUGCUCCCAGCCAAUCAGAUGCAAGGAUUUCAAUAGCUUAUAACAGAAGUCAAUGAAAAUCGAUGUCUAUUUGCUUCAUAAAAUGCACCCCUGUACGUCACCUACAGUUUUCCAUCGAUAAAGGCUGAACACUGUCUCAUUUAUGAUUUUCAUUUUUUUUAUACAUUUUCAUGAAAUAAGGAGUGGAGGAAAUAAUAAUAUUGUAAGAGUCAAAUUUUAUAAAUAAAUAAUGAAAAUUUGGUGCCGAUAUUGUUAUAAUUUAUGUAGGAUCAAUUGUGAAGGCUAAUUGUGAAGUGGAAGUGAUAAUGAAAAGUGUUAUUUUUUUAAUGAAGACACAAAAUUAGGAUUUUACAUGAUUUACUUUCCUGUUACACUACAACUUCGCAGAAUAUUCUGCUAAGUGUACAAUUUUAAGAAGAAUGUGGUUUUAUUUCAAAAGAAGAAUUUAAAAGUGAUAUUUACUUACCAUAAUAUUGUUUCGAUAAUAGGAUCCUACAACAUUCAGUGCAGUACAGUAACACAACUUGAUAAAUGACUUUUUUUUUUUAACAAAAAAAAGGCUCAAAAGUCUGAGGGAAGAUUGGGCUCCCGGGAAUUCACCAAAUCAUAUUUGUAACAUUUUAUCUUCAGAUUUACGUUAGUUUCAACUGCAAUAACAUUCAAGCGUGUUUCUCUCUUUCCUCCCGUUUUAAAAAUAUUGAUAUUGUUUUUCAUUGUUGGGUGUCUAAAGAAACAUCGUACAUUCCAACAUGGUGAAUUGGUGAUCGUAUUGUUAUCUUUUCAUGCUCUCUGUUUUUGAGCGCUUUCACUAACUUCUUUCAAUAUGUGUUUACUUAAUUUUUAUUGUAUGUGUAUUUUCUAAUUAUUUUUUAUAUAGAUCCAAGGUUAAAGUAAAUUUCGUCACUGUUUGUGUUCUUUAAAACAAGUCGUUACAAUCAACAUUAUAACAGCCUCCACAACAUCCUACUUUGCUCCUGCGUUGGACUAUUUGAUAGUCAUAAUUUAUGACUGCUAUCCUUUCUACGCCGUGUUUGUUGUAUGUUCUGACAAUCGUGAAGUCAUCCGCGAUUUGAUAAAAUUCUUGCAAAUGCCUUAUAUAUCGGUUUGCACGAGGGUGCAGUUUACAAUUAUGAUUUGUUACUCUGUCACGCAAACCUCACACAAUCUUCCUUAUUGCUUCGAGGACGGAACGGCAUUGAAUUCUAACAUUUUCGUUGCUAUUAUGAGAAAUUUGACUUCAUUUUGAGCAAUAAAGAUUUGCCUUCCUGAUGUAUUUUUUGUGAAUUUUGUAAUAUAAUAUUAUGUACAGUAGUCAUUAAUAUCUAGAUAGCAACAACGGUGCAAUAAACAUUUUUUUAAUGUGAGACAUUCACACAAAUUUA